CAAAGCAAUCGUGGUGGAGACGUCGCCGUGUCGUGUCUCCCCACAAGACCCCCGAUCCCCUCGCCUCUCCUCAAUCAAUCCGGGCAAGGGCAGGGGCCAAGAUCCAAUCUUGCUGCUGCCACUUGACGAUCCCAUCGAUCUCGAGCAAGGUCCGCGACCAUGGCUCGCUGCCACCAUCUCCUCAUCGUCCUUCCCCUCUUUCUUGCCUUGGCUUCUGCUGCUCCGGGGCAUGGACAGGGUCACCAUGGAGAAGCCUCCGCGGUCUUCAUCGAUGCCGCGCCGCACCGCUACCUGCGGGAUCAGCAAACCGACGACCAGGGGACUUCAAUGUCGUUCAAUGAAGUUUCUGCUGCUGUUUCCGUCUUGCUUGGUUUUGCACCGCCGGCUGCCCUACCUGUGCUUUCUUCUUCGCAGUUAAACAAAUUGCUUAUUCCCAAUCCAUUCGAUAGACCGGGAGCUGUUUUCCUCGUGCAAAUUGCUGGGUCCAAUGCCUCAGCUGAUAGCUUCAUAUCAGAAGCCAGCAGCACUUUCAAGACAAGGAUUGAAGGUGCAAACAACGCCGCUGCAGGGCUUACAGAUAAGGAUGAACUAAUUAUCAUUCGUUCAGAUGAAUCUCUAGAUCAUCCUGAAUCAGGUUUUCUUGCUAGUGAACUUUCCAGCUUGGCAAACUGGCUGGAGGGAUCGUAUCAGAAGUCUAGCGGCAAACUAGUCAUUCCCUUGGAAAGUGGAAAUAGUCUUACUUUGGUACUUGAUAAGGAGGCAGACUUAGAAUUUGUGUCUAGCUUGGCUUCCCUUCUUAGAACUAUAGAAAGGGCUAUUCAGAUCCAUGAAGACUUCUCAGGUGUCAUCAGCCCUGCAGAGCUAUUAGUAUGCCACUUCACAGGGAUAAAGGCUCUGGAGGAUGAAUAUGCUUCCACGGAAAUUGUUAAGCAGGGAACCGAAAUAGUGCGAAGAGCUAUCACCAAAGCGUUUCAGUCCCUGCGUGGAGCAUAUAAAGGGAAAAUUGUUGGGCUGGUGAUAUCCGCAGAGGAGGCCUCAUCAUUCUUAGGAUCCAUAAUUGAGGCACCAUCUUCAUUGCACAUUUCGAGACGACUAGAAGAAGCAAGCCAGACUAAUGCUACGGCCUCUGUUGUGCUUGUUCGAAAGAGUUUGGCAUGGAUUACAGGGAUCAUCCUGCUUGUUUCAACUCUCAUAGGGGUUUGCUUGCUGAUGAAUAUGCCACUUACCAGGGACACCCUCCUGUAUUCAAAUGUCAAGAUUGAUUAGUUUGAAGCGGCCAGUUGGACUUUGGCUUGUGUAGUGGUUGGUUUUGGAUAGAGACGUAUGCUUAUGCUGUUGACAAAACCAGUGUAUAAUACGUGCUUUUGCCUGUAUAUGGGCUAUUUUGUUGUUGGGUUCCGGUAAAUAAGCGAGAGUUCUUGGGGAAUGCUGCUUUGUUGCAGAAUGCUACUUCCUUGUCUGAAUAAUAAAUCUGUGAUGACGGUUGGAAUCGGAUUUUUUUCCCCCCGAAUUCAAUAAGAGAUGCUAUGGUUUCUGGGAUA